CUAAUCUGCAGUGCUCACCUCCACAUCAUGAUGAAGCUGAUCCUCUCUCUGACUCUCGUCUGGGCGCUCUCCAGCACAGCUGAAGCACUUGUGUGUCAAAAUUGCACAGAUCAACAAUGUUCAGACACAAAACCAAUUACAUGUUCCUCAGAGAUGAUGUGUAUAACAGCUUCCAUUGAAGCCACUACAUCUGGAACUCCAGUACAGCAAAUCAUCAAGUCGUGUGUACCAUCCGUGAUGUGUCAAGUCUCUCAGACCAUUUCACAGAACUUGGGUUAUAUGGAUGUAUUUGCAUCUACUCAGUGCUGCAACACAGAUAACUGCAACUCAGCAACACUACCUUUCCCGGGUCCUCAGUCAAGUAACAGCCUACAGUGUUUAUCCUGUGACUCACCCUUGGACACUAACUGCAGCACUCCAACACAGUGUAGAGGAGUCCAGGACCGCUGCUUUCAAAUGAGUGUGACGGUUGGAUCCAACAUUUUUUCAACCUUUGGCUGCACAUCUAUGAACGUGUGUGCAGCUGCUUACAACUUGGAAAACCUACCCUUCCAUCAAAAUCUUGGUAACUCCCCCUCUCAAACGAGCUGCUGCGAGACCAAUUUGUGUAAUAAUCGCACGACUGCCUCAACAAAUACAACUACUGCCAGUGAUGCCUGUUGUAUCCAACUGGGCACGAUCCAUCUGCUGCUUGGACUGCUCCUUUUCUUUACCCUCUAUUAGAACACUGGGAAAAAAAUGGACGAAACACCUUUGAAGCCACCAGGACUCUGAAGGAAUCCAUGAACACACAACAGAGGGAAAACAAUAUUAAAUAGUUAACUUGUGCUGCAAAUUGUACAAAUAUACCAAGGGCUUGGUUUUAUCUUUGAUAGGGACACAUUUAUUUUGUAUCUACAGAUAAAGAAUCUAUAAAAAGAAUUCACUGAAUAUUUGUUUGCUGAUAUAACUUGGAAAUAAACUGGAUUUGUAUCAUGACUUUUUUCUCUGAUUUUUAACAGAUGUUUUUUAAUGAGACAAAAAUGUAUAUUUAGGUGUGCUUCUCUGUUUGAACU